AUUUGGGCUAUUUUGACAUUCCAACAACCUGCAUCGUCCGCGGCCACCACUCUAUCACUCCUCCAAGAUGGCAUUACUAUCCCUUACACGCGCUGCCGCCCGCAGGGCUCCCGCCUUCAGCCGUCUGGCCACCCGGAUGGCGGCGCCACAGAGCCGGUGUCUGUCCUAUGAUUCCUACAACGUGCCAGUUGCUGGACUGUCCGAGGAUCUUGAGGAGCUUCGUCAAAGUGUGCAUGCGUUCGCGCAGAAGGAGCUGGCGCCUCGUGCCCACGAGAUCGACAAGACCAACGCUUUCCCCAUGGACAUGUGGAAAAAGUUCGGCGACAUGGGUCUGCUGGGUAUCACCGCACCCGAGAAGUACGGCGGUCAAGCGAUGGGCUAUCUGGCGCACACGGUCGUGAUGGAGGAGAUCAGUCGCGCGUCGGGGUCUGUGGCGCUUAGCUACGGUGCGCACUCGAACCUGUGCGUGAACCAGAUCGUGCGGAAUGGUAACGAGGCGCAGAAGGAGAAGUAUCUGCCCAAGCUUAUCAGCGGAGAACACGUCGGUGCUCUGGCGAUGAGUGAAGCUGGAUCCGGGUCGGAUGUCGUGUCCAUGAAGAUCCGAGCGGACAAGAAGGGUGACCGGUACAUCCUCAACGGGACCAAGUUCUGGAUCACGAACGGACCGGACGCCAACACGCUGGUGGUUUACGCCAAGACAGAUAUCAACGCGGGUCCUAAGGGUAUCACUGCGUUCAUUGUGGAGAAGGGCUUCAAAGGCUUCUCCCAGUCCCCCAAACUCGACAAACUUGGCAUGCGCGGCUCCAACACCUGCGAGCUCGUCUUCGAAGACUGCGAAGUUCCCGCCGAGAACGUGCUCGGCGAGGUCGGCAAAGGCGUCUACGUGCUGAUGAGCGGGCUCGACCUGGAGCGAUUGGUCUUGUCCGGUGGGCCGUUGGGGCUGAUGCAGGCUGCGUUGGACGUGACGGUGCCGUAUGUGCAUGAUAGGAAGCAGUUUGGGCAACAGAUUGGGCAGUUCCAGUUAAUACAAGCCAAGCUAGCCGACAUGUACACCAAACUCAGCGCCUCGCGAGCCUACGUCUACGCCGUCGGCCGCGCCUGCGACGCCGGGCAGAUCAGCAACAAAGACUGUGCGGGAGCCAUCCUGUACUCUGCCGAGCGCGCGACCGAGUGCGCGCUGGAUGCUAUUCAGUGUUUGGGUGGGAACGGGUUUAUCAAUGAUUACCCAGCCGGCCGCUUCCUCCGUGACGCAAAGCUCUACGAGAUUGGCGCUGGGACUAGCGAGAUCCGACGAAUGCUUAUCGGUCGCGAAUUCAACAAGGACUUCCGUCAGUAAACUAGCCAUCCACAGGACAUAGCAUUUAGCAAACAGAGCGUAGCAUCCGCAACCACAAGCGACGUAGACAACAGAGCAAUAGAAUGCGGCAUAUGCGGCGGACUAUGCUUCUUACCCCAUGCAUUUCUGUUCAACAUCUGACCCUCAAAACCGAACUCCACAUCACGUUACGAAUGCCAUACGCCCAAAUAUAUUCUCCCACACAAAAAAUAUCUAAAUAAGAAAUAUAUGCAAAUG